CGCCUCUAGGAGGCUCCCACACAAGAGGACCCCCCGGACAGAGGAGCAGUGGGAGUCACUGGAGCCUGCCACUCCAGCGCUGUGUGGACUAUCAGCCUCACCGUAUCCUCUCUUACUCUGAACCUUUAGUCAUUUUAUAGUAAUGUUUGUCUCUACUGGAGGGAUUUGAGAGGCAUCUACAUAGCAACUCCCCAACGACUCCAGGACUCAGUUGUGCUUCUGCCGUCAAGAUUGUUGUUGUCUCUUCUCUUCACCUGGGCUGAGAGUCUGUCCGUUGCCAUGGGGAUCAAAGCGGGGCUCCCCAGGUACGAGCUGUACCUGUACUACGCUGUGCUGGGUCUGGCCAUGCUCUGGUCCGCCAGCUGGAUCUGUGAGGUGUCCAGCGCCAACGCAAACAGAAAGACAUUGAAGUCCAGCGUGCGGCCGGGAUGGUACUACUUUGGGAGAAAGAAGGAUACUGCCGACCUGGAGUGGGUGAUGUGGUUCUCUACGUUCCGGGAGCACAUCCUGUUUGCAUUGUCGGGUCACGUGCUGUUUGCAAAGAUCUGCUCAAUGCUGGCUCCACAGCACCGCUCCCUGGUGUACAUGGUCUACGGGGUCCUGGCCGUGUGGACCAGUAUGGGCUGGGCCUACGUGGGCCUGCUGCUGUCCCACUGCGUGCUUCUCUACAGCGUCUCCCUGGUCAAGCUGCCCUGGCUCUGCUGGGUCACCGGCCUGAGCACACUGGCCACCUUCAAGUGUGAACCCUUUGUGACGUGGCAGGCGGGCUUGGUGGAGGGGGACUUUGACCUGCGCCACAUCCUGUUCUACGGUGGCUGUGGCUUCACCAUCAUGCGCUGUGUGAGCUUCUCCCUGGAAAACUGUGUGAGGAGGGAGGGCAGCUAUAGCCUCCUGGAGCUGCUCCAGUACAACUUCUACCUGCCUCACUUCUUCUUUGGCCCCGUCCUCACUUUCGACAAGUUUCAUGUUCAGGUGAACAGGCCCGUGGGGAGCAGGAAGGAGGGGGAGAUGUGGAGCAUCGGGCGCCACGCCCUGUUCCACCUGGGGGGCAUAGUGCUGGUGGACGUCCUCUUCCACUUCCUAUACAUCCUGUCCAUCCCAACGGACAUGAAACUGCUGAGGCACCUCUCCGACUGGGCCAUAGUGGGGCUGGCGUACACCAACCUGGUGUAUGAUUGGGUGAAAGCUGCCAUCAUGUUCGGGGUCAUCAACACAGUCUCCAGACUGGAUCACCUCGACCCGCCAAAACCGCCCAAAUGCAUCACCACGCUCUACGUCUUCUCUGAGACCCACUUUGACAGAGGCAUAAACGAUUGGCUGUGCAAGUACGUGUACAACCACCUGGGGGGAAACCACUGCGAUGUCCUGAAGGAGCUGGUGGCCACGCUGUGCACCUAUAGCCUCACCGUCCUGUGGCUGGGACCCUGCCCGGUGGUGCUGCUCUGGGCGUCCCUCAACUGUCUGGGCCUCAACCUGGAGCUGUGGACCGCCAAGCUCUUCUCCAUGGAACCCCUGGCCUCCUUUGAGAUGGCUAUGUCUGCGGCCAUGUCGCGUCGCAUCAGAGCCAUCUUCAACACCUUCAACUUCUGGACCAUUGUUCUGUACAACAUCGUGGCACUGAACAGCGCAGAUUUUGCCAAAUUGGUAGCCAAGCGUCUCCUUCUGAAAGGCUUCCCCUUCACCACCGUGGCCGUCAUGUUCGUCACCUACUGCCUGAUUCAGACAAUCAAGGAGUGGGAGAGGAGACAGGCCCUGCUGGAUGACCCUGACCCCCUUCCUCCUGCUCCUCCUUCUCCUGCUACUCUCUUUGUAACCACCGCCAGCCCCGCCCAAGACACGCCCACUGCUGCUCUGCCAAUCGCAGAGUCCGGCAAGAAGAAAGCAGAGUAGGGGAUUGGAUCAGAGCUAGAGUCUGUCAGAAGGCCGUUCCAUCCAAUGGUCUCUCAUGGCUGAGUCCUGGUUUUGUCUAUAUUGCACUGAUGGGAGGGACAAACGCAAUAGGAAAAAAGCUUCAGUUUAUGGUUUAUUGCAUCAGCAAUAUCUGCUGUUUACAUCGGGUACUACUAGUAAAAUGGAUGGAUACCGUCAAAGUGUUUUAAAGAUUACACCUCAACAUGUAGUUAAACCCCAUGAAGGAUUUUAAGCCCGAGGGUAAAAGGGCUUUCAAGAAAUGCAUGUUACAGCUGUUUCCAACAUGGUCAGUCUUAUAUUUCAGUUAGGAUAUUCAUUUCAUCAUUCUACAUUUUAAGAUGAACCAUGGAGUUCUGUUGUUGCAGCUUCACAUCAUGUUUAAUUUAAAGGGAUACUUCACCCAUUUAGAACCGGCGUUCUAUCAUUUUGAAAUCGCUAUUGUAAUAUAAAUAAAUAUAUAAAUAAAUAUCAGUCUAAACCAGUC